AUGACAGCUCCGCAUCAUGGCGCAAAGGCUCGAUGGCGCACCUGUCAGCCAAACAAGCCAAACACACGACCGGCGAACGCAUAGCGAUGUGAGUGAGAAGCUCUUGUUGAAGUUAAAACUCUACAUUUUUCACACAUCAAAAGAUGGGGUUUGACGUCAAACGGUUGGAUAUCUACCGCAAGGUGCCGAAGGAUCUGACAAAACCAACGGUUACUGGCGCCAUCAUAUCUGUCUGCUGCUGCUCAUUUAUGUUCCUGCUGCUGGUGUGUGAGCUGUGGUACUUCAUCUCCCCUGAAAUAGUAUCGGACUUGUUCGUAGAUAAUCCGGGUGAUCAUGCAGAGAGAAUACCAGUGUUCGUGAAGAUUUCAUUACCUCGGCUGAAGUGCGAAUAUGUUGGUCUUGAUAUUCAAGAUGAUCAAGGAAGACAUGAAGUGGGAUUCGUUGAAAACACGGUCAAAACACCGAUUUUGAGUGGAAAUGGCUGCUUGUUUGAAGCCAAUUUUCUCAUCAACAAAGUCCCAGGCAACUUCCACGUGUCGACCCACUCUGCCGAGGAACAGCCAGAUGAGAUCGACUUCGCGCACGUGAUCCACGAGGUGCGCUUUGGCCGCACGCCCCUGGUGAACGUGCCCGACUCCAGCUUCAACCCGCUGGCCGGCCGAGAGGUGCUCGACAAGACCACCAUGGAGUCCCACGACUACGUCAUGAAGAUCGUGCCCACCGUGUACGAGGAUAUUAGUGGCAACCGGCUCGUCUCAUACCAGUACACAUACGCGUACAAGACUUACAUCUCCUUCAGCCCGAUGGGCCGUUUCAUUCCCGCCAUCUGGUUCAAAUACGACCUGAAUCCGAUCACGGUGCGAUACCACGAAAAGCGGCCUCCAUUCUACACUUUCAUCACGACGGUGUGUGCAAUUGUGGGCGGCACGUUCACGGUGGCCGGCAUCAUCGACUCGGCCAUCUUCACCGCCUCCGAGAUGUUCAAGAAGUUCGAGAUCGGCAAACUGACGUAACACCGGGCGGGCAUUGAUUAGCCGGAUCCGUCUUCCAUCCAACAGGAGCACGAUCUGAAUUUUGUACGUUCAUUCAUUUGUGCCGCUGUUGAACAUCGAAUGCAUUACCCGUUGCUAUUAGCUGACGGCGAUUUCGCCCCGGAUAAGCUGAAGGGAACACCUGAACACCACGGUAACCAACAGCCAGCGCAGUUGCGGACAUUCGGGUACUUGUUGGGAGGACACUGGCCUGUCCCAGAUGAUAUAUUUUAUUACAUUAGCUUUCAAGAAUGCCUUCCACAGAUAUGGUGUCAGUGUGUGGCAUCACGUAGGCCAACAUUUCCGGGCGCUGCAAACUGCCCCUAAUUUCGCAAUGUGGUAACGACUCUGCGUAUCACAAUCUCGCGCCGUGCGUUCCUGUCCAGAGCCAUUCCGAUUUUUUUGUCUCCAGAAAGUGCGUCUUGCAAGCUGUCAGUGACGGAUUUUCUCUCUGCGGCAGGCAAAACAUUGUUGCUGCUAGUGUGCUGUAUCCAGUAUGCGAUAUUAGGCCAUGCCCCAGCGCUGGUAAGGCAACAUGGUGUACAUGUGUGUGGAUCGCCGGUCGUUUGGGUAAUAGUGCUGUUGAAUUGGGCUGGGGCGUUGUGUGUGGUUGGUUACUGUUGUGUUUGUUGGCAAGAACGUUUUGAGCACUGUUAUGUUGCGUUGAAUGUUUUACGUUGUCGCGUUGGCACCCAGGGGCUGAAAAAAUAGCGUCCGUUUCUAUCACGGAUACGACUUUGAGUG